AUGAAAACUAUGGAUGAUAGAGCAUUCAAGAGACCACUUCCGAAACAGUUUUAUUGUGUAUUAUUAAAAUAUGAAGAGAAAGCCACCUAAGAGGAUAUAUGCAUGGAUGAAUUGGUUUAAAUGACUCAAAUGUAUGGAGAAAUAGUUUCAUAUUAUGAUUCACAAAUGGAUCCAAUUACAUAUUAUUUUAUGGAUAAACAACAUCAAUUGCUAUAAUAGAUAGUUAGAAAAAGUAAAUAAGAUUAAGAGGAUAUAUUAAAAAAUCUUAUAAUGGCUAAUCAAUCAGAUAUUCCCAUAAUUAAAAUAGAUAAUUAUAAACAAAAGAAGAUGGUUCAUUUGUAUGAAUUAGAAGAAGUUUAAAAAGUAAAUGAAAGAGUCUGCGAGAAUAUUGUAGGAUAAUUUGAAAAAAACAAUGAAGCUAAUGAUUCCACUGUUCAGGAGGAAUUUUAAAAACAAUAGAAUAACCUAUAUUUGCGAUUAGCAAACAGGAUAAAGAAAAAGCAAGAUUAUAAAAGAAAUGGAGAUCGUUUAUCAAAUUCAUCAAUAAAUGUUUAUCAAGUUCCCUUUAGAGAUUAUGAUGAAGGUAAAUUAGAAAGUUGA